AUGCUCCCCAGUGUGCUUCGACGCCCUUUCCGCAUCCCAGGUUCUACCGCUUCCUUCCUAACUCGCAUGUCGUCGUCGUCGUCCUCCGCAUCGUCGCCCACGCCUCUGCUGGUCACGCCGUCCCAAGUGCGCGAGCUGCUGUCCAAGCAGUCGAGGAACCAAGUGGUCGUGCUCGAUGCGUCAUGGCAUAUGCCUAACCUGGACCCACCUAGGAACGCGUACGACGAGUUUAGGAACAAGAGGAUUGCGGGGGCGACGUUUUGGGAUCAGUGAGUUGGAGUGGAGCGUGGUCUCGAUUCUGCGAGGGGAUGAUCGGCCAUAAAUUGUCAGCGAUCGAUCUCCGAGAUGGGUCGGUGACCGUGGACCGACCGAGGACCGAGGAUCGCAAGGAGGAAGGAGCGGCCUCGACUUGAUCGCGGAUGACUUGACCCGUGAGGCUGGUUCGAGACGGAAUGUACUGAAUCGAUAACUCCACCCGAUUCAGUGACAUCAUCUCGACCAAAUCGGACCCACCCGUACCGCACAACCUCCCCUCGCCCUCGCUCUUCGCCGACGCCUGCUCGCGUCUCGCCUUGAGCCCCUCCCAACACCUCAUCUUCUACGACACCUACGGUGUGUUCUCAUCCCCACGAGCGCUCUACACCUUCAAAGCCUUUGGUCACGAUAAGGUCUCCAUCAUGGAGGGUGGAUUGCCCCGUUGGAUCGCGGAAGGGAACCCCGUCGUUUCGACCCCACCUAAACCGAUCAACGUCCAUGAACAACACGAUGACAGGGAGGCCAGUUGGGGCCCAAUCAUGUCCGAGUUGCUGUACCGUAAACGACCCCAGGUUGAAUCUUACUUUGUGAGUUGCGGUGGCGAGUUUAUCUGUUGAGUGGCAGGAUAUUCCGACCAUUACCCGAGGGAAACUGCGGGCUCGUUGGGACGAGUGGGGGCAGGGUUUCAGGCUGGGAAACUGAUGCAAUCUUGCAAUCUUGCAAGCGAGUGUUAAAACUGACCCCUGCUGGUCCGCAUCGUACAGAUUGCCGACAUUGAAGAACACUUUACCGAAUACCCCGAACCUCAACUAGAUACCUCGGUCGUGCGCGACAACGCCGAAAUCGUUGCUAAUGCCGACAAGGGGGACCCGAGCGCUUCGGCCGACGUCGACUAUGUCUUGGAUGCUCGACCGGCUGGGAGGUGGGUUUCAUGCUCCUCCGCGGUCACAAAUAACGGAAUGAAAACUGUCGUGUGUGCUUAGACUUUGCUCUGUCGUUGUGCAGGUACCACGGCACGGACCCUGAACCCCGAGCCGGGCUCUCCUCAGGUCAUAUCCCUCAUUCCCUGUCCCUCCCCUUCGGCACCUUACUCUCCCCCAAAUCCUCUACCGAUCCUUCUUAUCAGACCUAUCUCCCCGCUGAGGAACUUGAGGCAAAGUUCCGAGAAGCGUUGGGGCAGAAAGGAUGGGAAUCGAUCAAGAAGGGGGAGAGGAGCUUGGUAACGAGUUGUGGGAGUGGGAUGACGGCUGCGGUCGUUUGGUUGGGGUUGAAGAUUGUUACCGAGGGGAAGGCAAGAGGGGCCGUUUAUGAUGAGGUGAGGUCGUGGAGAACCUAAGGCGUCAUGUUGAGCGCAGGUCUUGCAGAGCUAACUGGACUUGUUUCAUUUCAAACAGAGUUGGACAGGGUACGCCGCUCGUGAAGGCGCAAAGAUCGAGAAGAGUUAA